AUGAGCUUCGGCUUCGGCGUGGGCGAUUUCAUCGCCGUCCUCGAACUCUUUGAGAGAAUCGCCCGAGAGAUACGGCAUUAUCGCGGGGCACCACAACACUUUCAGGAACUACAGGCCGAACUGGGGCUGAUGAAGAGCACCCUCUCGCACGUCCUUCAGCUGCAACCGCAGGCCGAGUCGCCAGAAGAGACAGCAAGCAUCGAGCAAAUCCGCGCAAUCGCCUUGCACUGCCAGCGGCCGCUGCUGGACUUUGUUGAGAAGCUGCGCCGACGAGAGCCUUGCCUUGGCCACUUCAAGACCACAAGCACACUCGCAACCGUCGGUGCCAGACUGCACUGGACGCUGAUAUCCCGUGCCGACGUUGACGAUCUCCGCCGCGUUCUCUUGUCUCAAAUGUUGGCCUUGAAUGUGCUGCUAGGGACUCAUCAACUAAAGUGUCUCCAUUUGCUCAAGCCUGUCGUCACCAGCAUAGCCGAGCGCCCCGAUGGGAGCAAUGAAAUAAAGGCUAUCUCGGAGAAGAUCGACGUCUUGGGCGAGUUAUCAAAAAGGGCACCUUCUGCUAUAAUGGAUCUUAGGAACCUUAUUGUUGGUCAGAAUACGGUAUCGACCACCCAAAUCGCUACAAUAGGCCGCAAUUGCGACGAGAUCCGUGACAAUGUCACCUCGCUCUCACUCUCGGUCACUGCCGGCAAACGCUCAAAUAAGAGACUAUCACGUGCACUCAUUCGCCUUUUCUCAGUCAUUGAAGACAUCAGGGCUCUUCUAUUCAGCCUUCUACAGUACUCUCGGGACGCACUUGAGACAAUUCAAAAGAACGCAUCGAUGCUAAUGAGCAUUCAGGCCACAAUGCGCCGCAUAGCCGAGGGAAUCGAGUCAAUUCCACUGCACUUAUCAUUACCCAUUAUACGCCUCGACGAUGCCUUGGGGGAAAGUUGGGCACUCCCAUUCCAGGCUUGCACAAAUUAUACGGCAUUUCAAAACGUCCUCCAAGCCGUAGUCUUCCCCAACAGUCGCCCAGGCUCAAAUCUGGCCCGAUCAGAUAUGUACGCCCUCACGUUCGCUCGGUCGAUCACUACCAUCCACAAGGAUCAAUGGUCCCAAACUGUGAAGCCAGGUGCCCAUAUUCAACAGGCGAUGAUAACUGCGGACGAUGGACGUUGUGAAACCGAACUGUGUUCAUUUAGAGGAUGUUACGGACAAAUGUCUGACUCUAUUGUCGGAGAUGACAAAACUGAGAGAACAUGCGGAAGAUGCGGGCGCUCUUCCAUCAUUGAAUUGGAUGAUAGCAUAUUCGUUGCCCAAGACCGAAGCAAGCCUGGUUCAUCGUCAACCAGGUUUCCAAACUCGGGUCGUCCCAGACCAAAUUACGCAAUAAAUUCGUCCAUGCCUGUAAAAGAUGCAACGCAGGCACUUCCAAGAAUUGAAGUAGACGAGUCAGCCAGGUUCCGUCGGACCAUAACCUACAAAUUUCGAGCGAUGCAGACUCUGGAGGAAGCACUAGAAGCAAUAUCAAAGGACAAGCUUGACGCAAGAGCAAAUCAAUUCAUGGGCUGGUGGUUUCUAACACAGGAUGACGAUACAGAGGGCGCUAUAGAUCACUUUGAAAUUGCGAUCAAGUCUGGAAUCCAGGACACCGGUCAGACGUUCUACUUACUUGGCAGAGCUUUCAUGAAGUAUCGGGAUGAUCGUUAUCCUCGAGCGGCAGAAAACCCCCACUUUACGGAUCAAGCAUUUGGGAAUUACAAAAAAGCCGUUGAGACACGGCGCCUCGUAUCUUCUUAUUGGCUGUCAAUCGCUGUCUUGUACUACGUGGUGAAGCAGUAUCGUGACAGCCUGGAUUCUUUGUCCCGGGCUGCAAGGCUAAAUCCAAUGGCCUGGGAAGUCUGGUACAAUUUAGGUGUUUUGGUGAGUUCGGAUAUACAUGGGGAUGAUUACGUUGAGGCGCUCUAA